AUGACGUGCCUCCUUGCCGGUUCUGUCGGGAACAACCUUCUCUGGUGCUUGACGUGGGCGACGGUGAAACAAUCAAUUCACACCUGCGUGUCAACUGAGGAGGAAAAGGCGAGGUGUAGGGCGGGCAAACAAGCAAGCGGGUCACAUUCACAUCCGCCAAUGAAUGGGGACAAGGUUCAAAGCCUGUCAACUGCCCACUUCUUAUUCACCUCAUUCUACGACAACUUACUAUGCACUCUGGAUUGCCGACUGAACUGCCACGACAAACGCCUUUCCUGUUCCAGCAACACAUCAUUGGUCACCUCUAAACAACUCACUUUCUGCAUACCCCACACUUCUCAAGCACGCGCCACCUCGUGUGCAGACGACAAUGAAGUGGUGGGUGCAGGUGUGGUGGUGAUCUACAGAACCAAUUAUUCACUCGAUGAAGGCCAAACAAUUACGCCCGAGAUCUGUCCACUCGACACAGCUCAAGUGGAAGUCACGCGAGGAUAA